AUGGCUGCAGCUGAAGCACAAAACGGGCUCUCGCGCGAGGGCUUCGACAAGAUCGUGGCCUCGUUUGGGCUGACGAUGAAGAGCGACGAUGCGGAUGGGUACUACAAGCUGAUGCAGGAGCUGGACGACGAAGUCCGCACGAUCGAAGGACUGCCAGACUACGUGGAUCCGCGUCUGAAGCCGAGCGAAGCGGUGCCGCUAUCGGGACGAAAGUACCAUGUGCCGGACAAGCAAGACAACCGGCUGAACGGCUGGAGUCACCGGGGGGGGCAGUUCGAGCUCAAGGACGAAGCUGCCGUGGCCAACGGCCUGUUAGCGGGCCGUUCGGUCGCGGUCAAGGACACGAUCGCGGUGGCAGGUGUGCCUCUGACGUUGGGCACGGCGCCAUUUCACCUCUGCGCCAACGCGCCGUAUCCGAUCCCGACGAUCGACGCGCCAGUGAUCAGCCGUGUGGUGGCGGCUGGCGGUGUGAUCAAGGGCACGUCGACGUGCGAGAACUACUGCAUGUCGGGGCUGUCGUUUACGAGUGCGACGGGCCCGGUCGAAAACGCCUGGCUGCGUGGCUACUCGGCGGGUGGCAGCAGCAGCGGUUCGGCUGCCCUAUUGGCCAUCGGCCAGGUCCAGGCCUGGCGUGAGAAGCGAGGACUGCCGGUCGAGGAUCUGGGUGAGGGGGUCGAUCUGGCUCUGGGAGGCGACCAGGGUGGCAGCAUCCGGCUGCCUGCGGCCUAUUCCGGCGUCUACGGCCUCAAGCCGACGCGUGGCCUCGUUCCCUACACCGGCAUCGGCGCUUUGCACCCGCUCGCCGACAAUGUUGGACCCAUGGCGACAUCGCUCGCUGACGUAGCCCUGCUGCUGUCGGCCAUUGCCGGCUACGACGGUCUGGAUCCGCGCUGCAGCCCACAUACACCAUUACAGCGGCAAGAUGUGCCGGCCUACCACGAGCAGCUGCAGGCAGCCAUUGCCAACCGCCAGGCCCGUGGCCUCUGGACUCCGUCGACGGCCGGCCGUGGUCUGCGAGUCGGCCUCCUGCGCGAGGCUCUGCAGAGGCCCGAGCUGGACGCUGGCGUCGCCGCUGUGGUGCGUGCGGCUGCUGACCGGUUUGCUGGCCUCGGCGCCACCGUCGUCGACGUAUCAGCACCCCUGCAUGCCCACGGCCCGGCUAUCUGGACGGUCACGAUGCGCGACACCGCUGCUGACGUCUUCAUCGCCGGCCAGGCGCCCGAUCAGCUCUCGCUGCCCAUCCCCGGCUUCGCCCCCCCGCCACCCUCCCAGCAAUGGUACGACGCGAUGACGACAGCAGCACCCACCGUCGUCGCCGGCCUCUUUGGCAGUGCCUACCUCGGCGACCGCUCUCGCUUCCCCGUGCGUGUUCGCAACAAGGCCCUCGCUCAUGCUGUCCAGCUGGCCGCCUCCUACGAUGCCCUCCUCUCGUCCGAGGCCGGCGGCGUCGACGUCCUCCUGCUGCCUGUCACCCCCUCCGUUGGCCCUCGCCACAGCGAGAUGGCCGGCAAGAGCGUCCUCGAACGCUAUCGUGCCGCCCUCGGCGUCUCCGGCAACACCGCCCCCUUCAACGUCUCCGGCCAUCCUGCCUUGUCUAUGCCCGGUGGCUGGGCCACAGUCGAGGACGGCCACGGGAAGCUGCCUGUUGGCUUACAGAUUGUUGGCCGGCACGGAGACGAGGUCGGUGUUCUGCUGGCCGCGUCCAUCCUCGAGGUCGCUGGACUCGGCUUGGAUAUUGAAUGA